AGCCCUCACCGUUCUUGUUUUUCCUAUCCUACCUUUUUUGGUUCUUUGUUUGCUCAUUCUUUUCCUUCUCAGCGAGGGAGUCGCUGCAAUGCCGCUUUACGAGGGUCUCGGCAGUGGCGGGGAAAAAACCGCCGUGGUGAUCGAUCUGGGCGCGGCCUUCACCAAAUGUGGCUUUGCAGGAGAAACAGGUCCCAGAUGUGUCAUACCUAGUGAAAUAAAGAAACCUGGUGUUUCAAAGCCUAUCAGAGUUGUUCAAUAUAACAUCAAUACGGAAGAAUUGUAUUCGUACCUGAAGGAAUUCAUUCACAUGCUUUAUUUCAGGCAUUUGCUGGUGAACCCUCGAGAUCGCCGGGUUGUGAUCGUGGAAUCUGUAUUGUGCCCUUCUCACUUCAGAGAGACGCUCACAAAAGUUCUAUUCAAGUAUUUUGAGGUUCCUUCAGUGUUAUUUGCGCCAAGUCAUCUGAUGUCUCUUCUAACACUUGGAAUUAAUUCUGCAAUGGUUUUGGACUGUGGUUAUACAGAAAGCCUGGUGUUACCUAUUUAUGAAGGAAUUCCUGUACUUAGUUGCUGGGAUGCUCUUCCUUUGGGAGGAAAAGCCAUUCACAAAGAACUGGAGUACCAAUUGCUGGAGCAAAGUACAGUAGAUACAGGAGCCACCAAAGGACAAAGCCUUACCUCAGUGAUGGGUUCUGUUCCAGAAGACAUUGUAGAAGACAUAAAGGUUCGCACUUGUUUUGUGAGUGACCUCCAGCGGGGACUGAAAAUUCAGGCAGCAAAGUUUGAUAUGGAUGGUAGCGCUGAGCGUCCAACUCCACCGCCAGAUGUAGACUAUCCACUGGAUGGAGAGAAGAUUUUGCAUAUCAAUGGAGUAAUCAGAGAUUCUGUUGUCGAAGUACUCUUUGUCCAGGACAAUGAAGAGAAAUCCGUGGCUACUUUAAUACUGGACUCUCUUAUGGAGUGCCCAAUAGAUACUAGGAAGCAACUGGCUGAGAACUUGAUGGUAAUUGGGGGUACAGCUAUGUUACCAGGAUUCCUGCACAGAUUAAUGGCCGAAAUACGAUACCUGGUAGAAAAGCCCAAGUACAAGGAGAUCCUGGCCUCAAAGAACUUCCGGGUGCACAUGCCACCAGCCAAGUCGAACUGUGUGGCCUGGUUAGGAGGGGCCAUUUUUGGAGCUCUCCAGGACAUUCUUGGCAGUCGUUCAGUAUCGAAGGAAUAUUACAAUCAAACAGGACGCAUCCCUGAUUGGUGCUGCCUAAAUAACCCUCCUUUGGAAAUGAUGUUUGAUGUAGGAAAAACACCUCCACCAUUGAUGAAGAGGGCUUUUUCCACAGAGAAAUAACAGUUCUGUUCUUGCUAUGGCGCUGCCUUCUUUUCUCAUCUACCUGAAGUUGGACAGUUAAGGAGUUCAGUGGAAUAUGUUGGAUAAAUCUGCAAGCUAAAUUCUGGGGCACUGGCCACAAUUUUGGCUGAUUACGUUCCUUUCUGUCCGUUACAUUGGCUUAAGAUGAUGCCCCAGUGAUGUUUAUUUAUAUACACAAGUAAUAUAAAUGCUCAAGCUUUUAAUGUUAUUUAAAGU